AUUCUAUUUCUAUUCUAUUACCAUCUAUUACAGUUUGUAAACAAAUUUGUUAGCCGAAUACCAGGAAGAAAUCACAACAUAACAAUGACGAAUGAAGCCAUGGUAAUAGAUCUGCGAUCAGAUACAGUGACUAAGCCAACGGACUCCAUGAGAAAAGCAAUAGAGGCGGCAGAAGUUGGUGAUGAUGUGUACGGAGAGGACCCUACAGUAAACAAACUGCAAGAUACUGUUGCCCAGAUGCUGGGCAAAGAAGCUGCCCUAUUCGUGCCAUCUGGGACUAUGGCCAAUCUUAUUGCGAUAAUGGUCCAUUGCCACAAAAGAGGUGCAGAAAUGCUUUGUGGUGAUCAAUCUCACAUUUUCAAAAGAGAAACUGGUGGUGCCCAUUUAACUGGUGUCCAGUUGACACCUCUUAAGAACCUUCCUGAUGGUACCUUUGAUCUGGAUGACCUGGAGAAACAUGUGCGAGGCUCAGACAUCCAUGAACCAGUGACUAUGAUGGUUGCGGUUGAAAAUACACAUUCUUACUGUGGGGGUAAAGUAUUGCCACUAGCAUGGAUUGACAAAUUGGCAGCAAUAGCAAAGAAACGCUCACUCAUGCUUCACAUGGAUGGAGCCAGGCUGUUCAAUGCAUCAGAACACCUCAAGGAAGACCCCUCUAGAGUAGUGAGGGAUUGUGACAGUGUCUCAGUCUGCUUCAGCAAAGGAUUAGGGGCUCCAGUGGGAACUGUCUUAGCUGGAACUAAAGGAUUUAUUGAGCAGGCUCGGCGCAUGAGGAAGAUGCUUGGAGGUGGCAUGAGGCAGGCAGGGCUGCUGGCUGCAGCUGCACUGGUAGCCUUGGAUGAAAGCCUUCCCUCCCUGUACUCAGACCACAGAAGAGCACAAUACUUGGCUAAAUCCAUAAAAGAUCUGAAACUUAAAUCAUUCUCAGUGGAUGUGGAAAACCAGCACACAAACAUUAUACAUGUGAUGAUCAAUGAAAAAUCUACUGUAACCAGUAAAAAGUUGGUGGAAAGGUUGUUGAUUGUGAGCCAGUCAGAAACAAACAAGGAUUGUAAAACUGCUGAUUCAAAGGGCAUUGUUGUCAAAGCUAGCUCUAAGCCAAAUGACAAAACUUUACGGUUUGUUCUACACCAUGAUGUGAAUGAUGAUAAACUGAGGCUGGCUGUGAAAAAGAUCACUUUUGUCUUGAAAGAAGUUGAGAGCAAUGGAUAGUUUUUUUUGUCACAGCUAUGGCACUUGAUAAAGACUAGAGUAAUAUGAGCAACAUUGUACCUAAUUAUAAAUGAACUGGUGCUGGAUCUGAUAUAACAUUGUGUUUAGAACUUUACUUAUUAUACUUUUUAAGGGAUAAUUGAUAUUCUA